UGCAACGCCUAUGAAACGCAGACAUACGUGCACGAAUAUAUAAGAUUGUAGGGAACGGGGGCCGGGGGGGAGGCUCUCCUGCCAGGCAGAGGGACGUCACCUUGCCCCAAGGACGCGACGCUCUGACACGGAGGGAAGGAUGCUGCGGCCUCAGCAGGGUACCAGCGUGCAAGGCAGGCGCCAAACAAAUUUUUGCUCUCGGUCACGCGGGAUCGACCUUUGCUUACGGUCUUGUUUGCCCCAAGGUGUUGAAUAUUUGGGGAAACCAAAACUGGUAAAAAAUUUGCAUGACAUUUGCAUGCAAAUGCAAAUUGCUGCGGUGAAAACAGACCCUCGCCUGGGCGCAGGCUGGAGGCGGCUGGGGAAAGCUUGCUGCCCCCAGGCAGGGGUGCGAAGGGCAGGCAGGCAGCACGUGCUGCCUGCAACCUGCAUCCGUCAGCGUGUCCGUCUCUGGCAGGACGGGUCCACCCCGCUGUAGGGUGUGAAAGGAAGCCCGGUACCUCCAGGGAGGCCCCCCCACCCCCCCACCCCGUUCCCCUGCUGAUGGGAACCACCCCAUGCUAGUGCCAUGUCUCUGCAACCUCCCGGGACAGGCCACCCCAUCUCAGAGGGUUUCCCCCCGACUUUCCAACUGCUGACGAGCUCGUGGUGCCUGCAGCAUCCUCUCCCCCCUCGCCGUGCCCCCCGCUCCUGCCGCAUGCAGGCGCGAUGCCCGCACCCCCGAAACUCGCUUUUCCGUGGCUAGGCGCCAGGGCAGGGGAUGGAGGAGCCCCGGGGGAGCUGGCGGGGUGGGAGGGUGGCUGGGUGGGUUCCUCUCCAUCCUCCCAGCCUGAAACUUGAUGCAGCCAGAGAGGCUGAUUGCGAGAUUAAUUGGGCGUUCUCAAAAACCCGACGGUGGGGGGAAAGCGAGCAAGGAGUGCUGCCUGCCUCCCUGCUCGGGUUCACUCCUCCGUGGAGCCGGCAGGCUGGGGAGCUGGAGAGGAGGGAGGCAGCGGCUGGGAGCCGGCAGAGCCAUGACGCCCGCCACGCUCGGGGUGCUCCUGGCCCUGCUGCCUCUCGCCUCGACGCUGCAGAGCCAAGGUACCCGGCGGGGGGGCCGGAUGCCAGAGCCCACCGAGCCCGCCCUGCGCCGCCUGUCCCACUACCUGCUGUCCCACUACCAGAAGGGCACCCGGCCCGUGCGGGACUGGCGAACGACCACCAACGUGGCCAUUGACCUCAUGGUCUACGCCAUCCUCAGUGUGGAUGAGAAGAACCAGGUGCUGACCACCUACAUCUGGUACAGGCAGCACUGGACGGACGAGUUCCUCAGGUGGGACCCGGCACGCUUCGACAACCUGACGCAGAUCUCCCUCCCCGCGGAGAGCAUCUGGGUGCCCGACAUCCUCAUCAACGAGUUCGUGGAUGUCGGAAAGUCCCCGCACGUCCCCUACGUCUAUGUUGGCCACCACGGGGAGGUGCAGAACCUCAAACCCAUCCAGGUGAUGACUGCCUGCAGCCUGGACAUCUACAACUUCCCCUUCGACGUCCAGAACUGCUCGCUCACCUUCACCAGCUGGCUGCACCACAUCCGUGACAUCAACCUCUCGCUGUGGCGGCAGCCAGAGCUGGUCAAGUUCGACCGGAGCGUCUUCAUGAACCAGGGCGAGUGGGAGCUGCUCUACGUCCUCAGCCACUUCCAGGAGUUCAGUGUCAAGAGCAGCGACAGCUAUGCCGAGAUGAAGUUCUACGUAGUCAUCCGGAGACGCCCCCUCUUCUACACCGUCAGCCUGCUGCUCCCCAGCAUCUUCCUGAUGGUUAUGGACAUUGUGGGCUUCUACCUCCCUCCCAACAGUGGCGAGAGGGUCUCUUUCAAGAUCACCCUCCUGCUGGGCUACUCGGUUUUCCUCAUCAUCGUGUCCGACACGCUGCCCGCUACUGCGGUCGGCACUCCCUUGAUAGGCAUCUACUUUGUGGUGUGCAUGGCACUGCUCGUCAUCAGCCUGACGGAGACCAUCCUGAUCGUGCGCUUGGUGCACAAGCAAGACCUGCAGCCCCACGUCCCCGACUGGGUGAGGCGCCUGCUGCUGGAACGAGCCGCCAUCCUGCUCUGCAUCCGGGACAGGAAGAAAUUCAGCCAAAGCAGGACGCAGAGCUCCGACAUCUCCAGGCAGGUGGAGAACAACGACAGCACAGCCAAGCUGAACCACUAUGGCCGCGAGGACCCCCAGGAGCGCGAGGCGGCGGGGGACGCAAUGCCAGCACCGACCUCUGCCGGCCAGGCGGAUGGCUCCCCGGUGACGUGGGAUGUCCUGCGCGAGAUCACCGCCAUCCGCCAGUUCCUGGAGAAACGCGAGGAGUUCCGCGACGUCGCCCGCGAGUGGCUGCAAGUGGGCUACGUCUUGGACGUCCUGCUCUUCCGGGCAUACCUGGUGGCCGUCCUGGCCUACACCGUCACGCUGGGCACCCUCUGGUCGGUGUGGCAGGACGCCUGA